GGGCCCUUCUCUCAGUCCCUCCCCUUUCGCCUUCCCCUCUCUUUCUCUCUCUCUCUUCCUGAACUUUAGUGAAUCUUGAGAUAUAAAGAAAGCAGCUGCCUCCCUUAAGCAAUAUCUUGAACAAUGAGACCUCAUCUCCAAGGACUUUAAUUCCUCUGGAUGCAAGGACAAAGCCAGGCUGCUGUGAACCCGUGCACCUCUCCGCAGGUGCCUCAGACCGCCCCCAUGGACCUGCGCAUCGGACAGCGCGUCGUCAAGCCCGGCUCUGACACCACCUUCCUGGCUUUGAAGCACACUCAGCAGCUGCAGCACCAGCUCUUCCUGGCUAGCCUGCACCAGCAACAAGUGGAGCAACUCGCUCAUCAGCACGUGAGGGUACGGACACCCUGCAACCGCUUGGAUGCAGUGGUGACCAUGGAGUCCCCGCAUCGUGAAGCAGAGCCUGGGCAGCAGGAGCAGGAACUGCGGCAGAUCCUGAAUAAGGACAAGAGCAAACGAAGUGCUGUGGCCAGCACAGUGGUGAAGCAAAAACUGGCUGAGGUCAUCCUGAAGAAGCAGCAGGCAGCUUUGGAGAGGACCAGCAACCCCAACCCUUCAGGCAUGCCAUGCAGGACUCUGGAGCCUUUGGAUCCUGAGGGCCCUUCCCCUCCUGUGCUCAGCACCUUCUUGCCCCCAGUCCCCAGCACUUCUUUUGACCCCCCAGAGCAUUUUCCACUGCGGAAGACAGCAUCUGAGCCCAACCUGAAGGUGCGUUGCAAGCCGAGGAAAUGCCUUGACCGACGCAAGAACCCCCUGACUCGGAAGGAGAGUGCACCUCCUUCACUGAAGAGAAGGCCACCUGAGGCGAUCGACUCCUCCCCGAGCAGUAGCAGCACCCCUGUUUCCGGCUGCAGCUCACCCAACGACAGUCUCCCUGCAGACCACGGAGCCCUCCCCGCUGUGUCCAGCGUGGCCCAUGAGACACCCCUGGCCCAGCGCCUGAUGAUGCAGGAGAGCUCACUGGCCCAGUUUGCCCUGCAGAGUGCAGCCUCCCUUCCAGCCAUCACGCUGGGACUGCCGGCUACCACUAGCAGCAGGGGAGAGGCAGAUCGCCGCCCCCUCUCUGGCCUGGCGCACCGGGUACCUGUGCUGAACGGGCCAGUCCUCGCAGGCACGCAUUCGCCCAUGUUCAUACCAACUGGGUUAGAGCAGCAUGAGGCCGGGAACCCUUUAUCCCCUCGACUCCAGCCUGUCAUUAUCCUCGAGCCCUCUGUCACCCAUGCUCCUCUUGUGGCGGUGCCAGGUCUGGGAACGGUCCCUUUCUCCUUCGCCCCCUCGCUCAUCUCUGCAGAGCGCCUGUCACUCCCAGGCCACCAUAAACCACUGGGGAGGACCCGCUCGGAGCCCUUGCCCCAGAACCCCAAGUCCAUCCAGCAGCAACUGGUGUACCAGCAGCAUCACACCCAGUUCCUGGAGAGACUCAAGCAACAGACGCAUCUGGGCAAGCGCAUGGCUAAGUCCAGCGAGAAGCCCCGUCUGCGGCAGAUUCCCUCCUCGGAGGACAUGGAGGCAGAGGGGACACUCCCAGAGGCUGGGGGUGAGAGCAGUGACCAGACAAGGACACGCAUGGAGCCCACACGGCCAGGAGGCAGCGUGAAGGAGCCUGAGAGGACGCAGAAGAUGAUGCAAUCGCAAGAGGAGCUUGUUCUACAGCAGGCCUAUCUCUGGGAUCCCUACCAGCGCAUGCAGCAACAGCUUCUCAAGCGGCAGCCCCUGGCUGACUCCCCCAUGGUCCCAACUGUCCACGCAGGGCACAGGCCCCUUUCCAGGGCCCAGUCAUCUCCUGCCACUGCGAGUGUCUCCCUUCCUGCCCAGGAUCCAGCCUCCAAGACGCUCUCUCUGCCUGUGCAGGAACAGCCAACCAAGCCACACUUCACUACAGGGCUGGUUUAUGACUCGGUGAUGCUCAAACACCAAUGCUCCUGUGGCGACAACAGCAACCACCCAGAGCACGCAGGCAGAAUUCAGAGUAUCUGGUCCCGCCUGCAGGAGAGAGGGCUGCGCAGCCAGUGCGAGUGUCUGCGGGGACGCAAGGCCACCUUGGAAGAGCUGCAGUGCGUGCAUACCGAGCGCCACGUAUUCCUCUACGGCACCAAUCCCCUCAACCGCCUUAAACUGGACAACGGGAAGCUAGCAGGGAUCCUGUCACAGCGGAUGUUUGUCAUGCUGCCCUGUGGAGGAGUGGGGGUGGACAGUGAUACCAUCUGGAACGAACUGCAUUCCUCCAACGCUGCCCGCUGGGCCGCAGGCAGCGUCACCGAGCUGGCCUUCAAGGUGGCCACCAGGGAACUUAAGAACGGCUUUGCUGUGGUGCGUCCCCCUGGACAUCAUGCAGAUCCUUCCACCGCCAUGGGAUUUUGCUUCUUUAACUCGGUGGCCAUUGCUGCCAGGCAGCUGCAGCAGAAAGGGAAACUCAGCAAGAUUCUCAUUGUGGAUUGGGAUGUUCACCAUGGCAACGGGACACAGCAGAUCUUCUACAGAGACCCUGAUGUUCUCUACAUCUCUUUGCACCGUCAUGAUGAUGGGAACUUCUUCCCUGGUAGUGGAGCUGCCGAUGAGGUUGGCGCUGGCCCUGGUGAGGGAUUUAAUGUCAACAUAGCGUGGACUGGAGGACUCGACCCCCCCAUGGGUGACCCCGAGUAUUUGGCAGCUUUCAGGACAGUGGUGAUGCCAAUUGCACAUGAAUUUUCCCCUGAUGUGGUGCUGGUGUCGGCUGGCUUCGACGCAGCUGAUGGCCAUCCACCACCACUGGGUGGCUACAAAGUCUCUGCCAAAUGCUUUGGCUACAUGACGAAACAGCUGAUGAGUCUGGCUGGGGGAGCCAUAGUCCUCGCGCUAGAAGGUGGCCAUGACCUUACAGCCAUCUGCGAUGCAUCUGAGGCCUGUGUGUCAGCCUUGCUGGGCAACGAGCUGGAUCCUCUCCCAGAAGAAAGUAUGAGGCAGAAACCAAAUCCCAAUGCUGUACGCUCCUUGGAAACCGUGAUCCAGGUCCAGAGUAAAUAUUGGGUUGCUGUGCAGCGCUUUGCCUCCAAGCUGGGAUGCUCCUUCCUGGAGGCACAGCACCACGAAGCAGAAGAGGUGGAGACCGUCACAGCCUUGGCCUCCCUCUCAGUGGCCGUGAUGGUGGAGAAGAGGACACAGGAUGAGCCGAUGGAGGAAGAGGAACCCAUGAACCAGUGAUGAGCGGUGACGUUCUCUGCUCCCCUGCUUCCAGGAAGUGGCUGGACUCUUCUGAGCCUGGCAUUCCCUCUUCACUCCUGGCUUCCUGUUUGACACGUCAUCCUCACUUCCUGAGUCACAGUCCUGAAAUGGCCUGGACCUUUGGCUCCCACCUCUGCAUGUCGCCCAGAAAGGAUGCUCCUAUGCCCACCUGGAAGACAUCCUCCUGCUUGGGACCAGCGGAAAACCACAAACUCCCUUGGCAUGGCACAGCCUUGCAAACCUCGAUCGUGCCUGCCAUCAGUCCCCAACCUUCAGGAUCUGAAAUCCUUCUGGGGACAUAUGUGAGAGGCCUCCACUCCUCUGGCUGUGGUGGCAGCCAGAUGCAGAACUACCCUUCUCCUGGGAUCUUCCUCACCCUUGGGGAAGGGGAUGGGGAUGGGGAUGGAUGUUGUGGCUGUGCUGCAGAUGGUGAGAGCCGCCUUCAGGACUGCACCCAGAGCUUCUCUCCGGCCAGCCAAAGAUCCCUCUGAGAACAGCCCUGUGCUUUGCUCCAGAAGGGAAGGCUCUCUGUGUCUCCUCCUGAAGGCUUGCCAGCUUUCUCCAAGGUGCCCCCCUUCCUCUCCCAUAGGGCAUGAGGUGGGAGCAAGUGUGGCAGUGACAUGGGAUAAGAGCCUCGUUCUGCACAAGAAGGGUUUGGAAAGCAAUGGAUGAUGCGCAAAUCACCUUGCAGUGAGGAAGAUCAAGGGCUAGAGCGUCCGCAGUGCCCAGGAUUGCACCCAUGGGACAUCCUAACCACUAACCAGAGUAUGAACCCUCUGGUGCUGGGGCUCUGAUUUGCACUAUAUACAUAUGACAUGUGCUAAUGUGAACCUUACGUACUCUUCUUUCCAUGGGAAUUUUGGGAACAAACACCUCUUCAUGUGGACGAUAACAAGGUGCCUUGAGCCCUUUCAGCAAUCCAACCAUCUGCCGAUCUGAGGAUCUGUAUCAGUGUAAACCCCUGUGAUUUGUAAAAGCAGGGGCAGCCCAGCUGUCUUCCAAUGACCCACCUGGAGAGGGUGGCACCUGGUGCCUACUCUCCCUAUGGCUGCAUGCCCCAGUCCAGCCCCUGCACCCUACCGGGCUCCUCAUCUCAUUUGACCCCAGCCCAGCUGGGAUCAGAUCAAAUCACAUCAUCUUCUGCUUGGCACUUAUCUCCCCUAGGGAUGUCUAAAGCCCCAGCAAUACAGUGCUUGUCCCUGUCUAGACUGUCUCAGGAUGACAGAGACAGCGUCAGCCCCCCGCCCCUCCCCUAAGUGGAUGUGUCUAUCUGGUUUUGCCCUUUCCCUAUUUCAUAGUGUAGGGGGGCAUCAUCCACCUCCUGGCACUUGGCCCUGACAACCUGGUCCUUCCCUGUGUCUUCCCUUGCCCUGUGGGUUGGACUGGGCAGAGGAGCCAGCCCACAAACUCUGAUCCUGUGCUCUGCAAGGACAAAGCACUGCUCAGGUUCUGAGCAUCAUGCUGCUGUGUUGCAGCGGGGAUUGGGGAUAGCAGGAGGGAGCAAGCGGCUUGGGGACGGCACAGUGGGAGCAAGACCUCACUGGGCUUUGGAAGAGGAGAUGGACAGGGCAACAAGGUCUGAUCGAGCUCUGGAGGCUGGCCAGGCUUUGUCUGCAGGCACAAGGAGGAGAAAUUUUGUAAAAAAGUAACAAAGGAAAAAAAUAUUGGAAGAAUAAACAUUUCUUUGUCUGAAACUGCCCGUAGCUGGGGUCUAGCAGUGCCAGUCAGUGGCACAGACGUUUGGGGACAUGCUUGGUUCCUUGUAGCUAGGGGGCACACAGGAACAUCAUUCUGGCCCCAGAGCAGGACUGCCCAUACCACCCUACUUACUACUUACUACUAUUGGUAACCCUGAUGCCCUCUCUUUUGCUUCCUGGGCUCAGGUACCUGUGCUCUUCCCUGCAACAUUCAGGGUUUAUGCACAUGCAUCCCUGUUCACUGUGCCUCACACACCUUUGUGGCAGGUCUUCUCUAAACCAGGCUGAAGCGUGUUUUUUCUACCGGCGUUGCUGUCUGCACAGGUUGUUUCUCCCUCCUUGAAGCACACAGCUGUACAGGCAUGCCAGGAAGACAGUGUGUGGCCAAGUGCCACCAGUAACUCCCUUUCCCAACCUUGUACCUGAAAGCCUCCAGAGUCUGAUGAAAGGAUGCCCUGAUCCAAGGAUGGGCAUCCUCCAGAGCAGCCCCUUGCUGUGCACAAGGAGGACGGAGGAGAGGGCAUCGCAUCACAGCAGGGCAGGUUGGGUAGAAGAGGGUUAAAGAGCACCCCAAAACCCCUCUCUCCAUCUUCUCUGGCACCUGAUGUCUUCACAGCUGAUGUCCCUCAAUGCUGUGGCUCUGCCACGCUGUCCUGUCCCAUUGCCUCUCAGAUGGCCAGGGAGCUGUGGGGAGGUAAGAAUGACCUGCUGCUUCUUCAGCCUUUGGGCACUUGGGCAUUUCUAGUGUUAUUGACACAAGGGUGGUGCUAACACCCCUUUUAUUAGCAGCCACUUCCCUACAUACCCAGUCCCACCAGCUGACCUGAGCACUCCAAGCCACAGCUCCACUAAUGCUUCACCAAGCUGCACACUUUGCUCUUUAGCUUCAGUUUCCCUUUCCUGAAGUUUCCAUUUCCUGCUCAGCAGCUACCUCAUCCCUGUUUAUUCCAGGGGUUCCCAGCUGGACUCAUACCACAGAAAACACAUCUCAGAGCAAAGCAGGCUGCAAACACUGGUUACCUACAUGCACUAGUGGGUUACAGCCCACAGUGACCUGGCAUUCAGAAGGGGGCACAGGUGACCCACAGUGAAUUUCUGCAAGAAUUUUUUCCAUGUGGCCCCAUGAGUCCCUAAGUCAACCAGAAGAAAGCCAAACUGCAAAAUUUAAGGAGUGUUUUUACCUUAGUUUCACCAGGAAAAUGCAAUUGUGUGAGUUUAACUAUGAAACCAGUACUACCUUAAAGCAGAGGGAAAUGCCACAAAUGGUCUCUUUGCUCACUUUUACAAUAUUUAGCCUUUUAUUUAACAUUUUUGUGGCUUCUCUGCAUCUACCAGGGCUUGAAACCAAAGGGGAAAAAAAACUGUGAUUAAUUUCAUGAAUUCACGUGCUCUAGGUGACCCUGCUUAAGCAGGGGAGUUGAACUAGGUGAUCUCCAGAGGUCUCUUCCAAUCUCAACCAUUCUGUGAUUCUGUGAGAUUCAAGAGCUGGAUCUUUACAGACACCAUCCAGGCAGGUCUGGCUAAAAGGACCCUGCAAGACCUUCAUGAGCUUCACCUAGCUCGAAGGUCCUGGGCCUGAGUGGGUAGCAGUAAAGCCAUUCAGCUUGCACACCCCAUUUAUGGAGGGCUGAUACUGUUACUCCAAAUUGAAGUCAAAAUGCUAAGCAGCCUCUCUGGAUUGCUCUCUCCUAUUGCAUUGUCUUCACUGUGGCUGACAGAAGAAGAUAGCCUAGCAGAGGACUAUGUGCUAAAUGACUCAUGCUAAGCAAUGAUAAAUCUGCCAACCACAUUCAAUUGUUUGUGGUUUCAAACUCUUUGCUGCAAAGACAGGGCCAAAUAGUGAGGUAAAAUGCGGGCAUUUGUGCAAGCUGUUGGCAUGUGUCCAGCCUUCCUGGGUAAGCUAAGCCUGGGGAAAACCCCUGUGGAGCCAUCUCCUCUGGGUCUGAACUGACUAGUAGGUGACAGGCUCCCUGCCUAUCCUCUACUGUCUCAUCAGAGGGGUUAGUCAGCACUCACCCUCAUUUGAGCCUUUUAAGGACCACUGUGGUGAUCAAAAAUGAAUUACAACAUGGCCAGCUGGUUUCCCUAAAGCCAAACCCAUGUCUUAGUGUCAUCAGGCUUACAGACGAGUCUGGAGGCAGAAACCCCAAAGUUAGCACAUUUUUCUUUAGCAGGCGUCAUAUUCUUUCUUGAACAAAAUCCCCCUCCCCCAGGGGCAUUUCUCAACAUCCUCAGCCGCUCCCCGAAUACCCCUUUCAGAGAUGUCCUCCAAGUCCCAUGCAGAAGCUGGAGAAGGCAGUGGGAGGCUGUGGCUGGAAGUUGUGCCAUGGUAGUGCAGCUCUGCAGGUGCUGAAGCCCAGGUCUGCUGGAGUCAGAUGGCUGGGUACAUUGGUACUUGGAUGCUCCUACCUCUCUCUUCCUGGUUAGGAUGGAGGGAGCUCACUCGCUGAGUUCAGACUUGCCUGAUUUUAAUGACUGAAUUUGAGGCAGAGGAGUGCCAACAUGAGGUCUGACACUGGAGCACCCACCAGAUAUCUCUGGCUCUAAGGGGCUAUUGACCUCCAUUCAGACACGUCAUACAACCAUUCUCAUUGCUGCAUCCAUGAGUCCGAGACAAGCCCACUCUUGCCUGUUCUAUGUGAACAAAGAAUGACACACUGAGACCUCCAGAAUGGGCACAAAGUACCACAAAAUUCAUUCGCACUUUCCUCUGGGAUGAGUAAGUUUGUUGGGGUGGAAAAAAACCAUGUGAAGAUGUGGCAGUGAGCUAAGCACAGAGGUAACAGUCCUUAGCCUAACACCGUGCUGGGGUGGCCAUCCUGAGGGGAUGGGAUUUGUUGGGAGUUUCUUUCCCCACCAAACUUCUGCAAGAUCUACCACUGGAUUCAUCACCCCACCCUCGAAAAGCACCCUGCCCAGCACCCAGCCACCCACACUGGAGAGCGGCUGGUGGGUCACUGCUCCAUUCACCAAAGAGCAGAGCCACCUGGAGUGCAAGAAGCAGCACCAUAAACACAGGAUGCAUUUGUGGAAAAUCUUUGCUACUCUUUCCUCUGCCAUUUACUGUUUGUCCCCUGGUUUGGUUUGCAUGGUGAUAAUUGCAGUCAUAGCACUCCAUGCCACCCCCUCCACCCCUCAACUUUGGGUGCUAGCUUGCCCUUUUCACAUGCAGCGUCAGUCAGUAUCUUAUCCCUCAGCCUCACAAGCUCAAUCCACCUGUAGCUUAGAUCAGUAUUUCACUUAGAUCAACUGACUCCUGGCUAAAAACCUCAUCUACCAAUGUUUCAGUAGGAGAAGCUUCUCCUGACUCUUCCCCACCACAGAGUACAUCCAGGGUAGAGAUGGGGCUGAGCAACCCUGUAGUUAACAGUGUCAAAAGCUUAGAUCCUUUUAUGACUGCUUUGAAAAUGAUGUUUGCAUCUCACCUCCAAGGAGUUUCUGGCAGGUUUCUACUUCUGCUGUAGUUGAAUAUAUUCCUUUACUGGGCAGGGGGGGUGGAGAGGUUGUGCAGCUCGAACAUAUUAACCUGAAAAAUCUUUUGUUGUUCUCCCUUAUCCUGGUUUGACAUGAGAUUGCCCAGUGAUUACGGAUGUGACUUCCACUUUGGUGAGAAUAUUCCUUUUUUGCCUUCUGCUAGCUUCUUUUGCCUUGUAUUUAGCCACACAACUUGCCUGUGACUUUUCCAAGUCUUUUUUUGAUUCUGUUUGUUGAAUCAGGAGCUGUUCUCUUACCUGCCCAGAGGCGCGGUGGGGACAUCACUGGUCCCUUCUACUUUCUGUUCCUAUUUCCAUAUUCUUUCCUGAUUUCUGGAAAUGUGGUGUUUGCAUGAUGCCCAUCAGGUGUAUGCUGGUCAUGGGUGGGUGGCAAGACUACUCAUCUCGCAGCAUGACUCUCCAUCUCAUCCAGCAUGACCACCUGGUAGGUAGGGCACUCCCUAAGGUGCUAAUCGUUGCCCCAGUAAUUCGAACAGGAGGCCUCAUUGCACUGAGAGUGGCCACAAGCGUCCCUCUCCUAAGGGUGCAUGUGGAUCACGCGGCUGAGAUGACAGUGGGCACAUGCAGCAGCCCUGCCCUGACCUGAGGACAUGACGAGUCACAAGGAUGAGGCAGAUGGGCUCCUGGGCACAGAGCCUGAGUCAACAUCUGAGUGGGAACGUAGAGCUGCUUUCAACACCAUGAAGAUCUUAAGGAGGAGACCACAGACCCAUCUCUAAAUUGGUCCCUCUGUGCUCUAAAUACUGUCUUUUCUUCCCACUUUCAGUUUCUUCAGCAACAACAAAUAUUAGAAUGAUUGUGUGCAUUAAAAAAACCCAAGAUCUUGGUUAAAAUUAUCAUUCUUUCUUUAGGGAUGACGUUUCUGUCAUUUUGAGAUAAUUUAAUAUAGUGAUUUAAAAACAAAAUCUCAACGAAGUGUUACUUUUGAAAUAAUUUUUAGAAGAUAUUUUACCUUUUUUAUAUAAGGGUUGGAAGCCUGAAGUUCCACUUAGGAAAGAGGUAUUCUCCUUUAUUUUUCAAGCGUAUUUUAUUUUUGAAAGAAAAUUUAUAUUUCUAAAAGUGGUUUCAUUUUUCAUUUGUAAAAUAGUUCCUUAAACAUGGUUAACAAAGCCAUCCAUGGCGUAUUUUUAAGGGAAUUUUUAUUUUUUUAAGAGCAUUUAGAUCUUUUUAAAGACUGCUGUCAGCUCCCUUGAGCAGGGUAUCCACUCAUGUUGUACAUAAAAACUAAAGAUUUUGUAGAAAAAUGUAGUUUCAGUCUUACUGUAGAGCUUGUUGUUGGAUUCUCUGGUGUGUAAUAAAAGCGUGAACACUAACUGAAA